AAUUCAUUUGAUUAGUCACCAAAACCAGGAAAAUCCGAUUUGAUCAAUGUUUUGGUUGUUUAAAAAUAGUUUUCAUCAAAUAAAUAUUUUGUGAUUGCAUUCGUUAGGUAUGAUAUUCGUGGCAAUCCUUCAUGUUAUUUGUUGAAAAUUUGAUAUUAUUUUUACACCUGUGUAGGUCAUGUGUUAGGUUAGAAAUUUAAGAUGUCUAUCUGCUGUACUAGUUUUAAAAUGAUGUAACAUAGCUAUUAUAGUAAUAAAGCUAGCUUUGCAUUGUCACCUGAAGGAAAUCUGCAGAAUUUCAGCUUAAUUGGCUGAGGAUAACUGCCUUUAAUUUUUAUCACAAGAUUUUAUAAACGCAAGUUAAAUGAUGUCUACUAAAACCUUGUAAAAAGGAAAUCAAGCAUUCAUUGUUUUUUCAUAUAAAUUAAUCCCAUCAGAUGUGGAAGGCAUCAACAGAUGUUGUGGCUCCUGCAUUAGCAGAGGCUGAUGACUGGGAGACAGACCCUGACUUCAUCAAUGAUGUCACUGAGCAUGAGCAGCGCUGGGGACCUGGCGGACGAAAUGUAGAGGCUAUUGAUAUGGCAAAGUUGAGAGAAGAGGUACUAGAAGCUGACAAGGAGGAAAAACAAAAGCAAUAUGAGAAAGGUCCAAAGCCUUCAUAUGGUUAUGGAGGUAAAUUCGGCGUCCAAGCGGACCGCAUGGAUAAAUCCGCAGUUGGACAUGAUUAUGUGGGUAAAACUGAGAAGCAUGUCUCUCAAAAGGAUUAUGCGCAAGGUUUCGGCGGCAAGUUCGGUGUACAAACGGACAGAAUGGACGCGAGCGCCGUCGGGCACGACUACGUCGGCAAAGUCGACAAACACGUCUCACAGACUGACUACGCGCAGGGCUUCGGCGGCAAGUAUGGCGUGCAGACCGACAGGGUCGAUAAGAGCGCGGCGGGUUGGGAGCACCGCUCGCAAGUGGAGAAGCACUCGUCGCAGCGGGACUACGCAGUGGGCUUCGGCGGCAAGUACGGCGUGCAGACAGACAGACAGGACACGUGCGCGCUCGGCUGGGACCACAGGGAGGACCACCACAAGCACGACUCACAGAAAGAUUAUGCGGUGGGUUUCGGCGGCAAGUAUGGCGUGCAGACAGACAGACAGGACGCUUCUGCCGUGGGAUGGGAUCAUCAGGUGAGAGCACCGAAGCACGCCAGCCAAGUAGACCAUAAGAAGGGUUUCGGUGGAAAGUUCGGCGUGGAAACGGACAGAGUCGACAAGUCCGCGCACCGAUUCGAUGAAGUCGACAAAGUCGGCACCAAUUACACUAAGCAGAAACCGGAUAUAGGCGGCGCUAAACCGUCCUCUAUAAGGGCUAAGUUCGAGAACAUGGCGAAAGAGAAGGAACAGGAAGCGCUUCAAUCUGUCCAGAAGAUAAGACAACAAAGGGAACAAUUAGACAAAGACUUAAAGCAGAAGGAAACCGAUCGUCUAGCAAAAGAGCCGCCAGAGCCGAUAGAGCCAGUGACACAGAAACACGUAGAGCCAGUCAAACAGAAAGAGCCGGAGCCGGUGAAUCAGAAAGUGCCAGAGCCUCUGAAUCAGAAAGAGAUGGAGCCAGCGCGACAGGCAGAGACGGAAGCAGAGGGUUUGGUGAGAUCGGCGCCCGCUAAAGUGGAACCGGAAGUGAAACAACCGGAGGAAGUGAAACAGCCUAAUUUACCCGACGUCACCUUAGUGGGAGAGGCUAAAGAAGAAAAGGAGGAGAUGAGCAGACAGCCGACUAUAGUGGUGUCCCCGGUGGGGUGGGAGGCGGAGCUGAGCGCGGAGCCGGACCCAGACGAGGACGGGUACACCGCGCGCGCGCUGUACGACUACCAGGCCGCCGCGCCCGACGAGAUCAGCUUCGACCCCGACGACCUCAUCACCGAUAUAGUCAUGAUCGACGAAGGGUGGUGGCAGGGUUUAUGUAAAGGCGCGUACGGACUGUUUCCUGCCAACUACGUGCAACUACAGGACAAGUAA